UAAGAAAAAAUAGAUGAUGAUGAUAUAUCCAUUGGUUUCAAUAAUUCAACCAAUUAUAGAGAGUCUUUACAUAUCUAUAUAAAACCCUCAUCUAAUUGUUCAGACAAGUCAAAGUGAUCAUCCAUCCACUUUACUAAAAAGUUUAUUUCCGGUUGGAUUUACAAAAAAAAAAAUGGCUUCUUUUGUUUCCCAAGAUGUUGCCGCUGAGAAAAUUCACGCCAUGAGGAGGUUCGAGAGAACAAAAUAUUUGUGGAAGUUUCUUCCAGUGAUUGAAGUUCUUGUCGUCGUCUUACUUCUCCUCUCUUGGUUGACGCCGUCUCUUUCCGUCGGUGAGUAUCUCCGGCGGAUUGUUUCCGGUGGUCUGACCGGUGGAAUAUUCAUUUUCUGCCUUGUGAACGUUCUCAUCGCCCUAAUUUUCUCCUUAUCUAACCACCACCAAAAAGUAACCGAACCGGAUCUGUAUUUUCAAUACGUUUCUUCCUCCGCAACCACCACUCCUCUCAGUGGUUUGUCAUCCGCUACCACCACUCCUCUCGGUGGUUGUUCGUCCUCCUCCGCGGUAGUCUCUGAACCGCCGCCGGCGUCUGAAAACGAAGAAAAGACUUCAGAUGGAAAGUCAGGGACGGACUUUACCUCCGUUACACUAACCGCCGAAGAGGCUCGACCGGUGAGGCGAGAGAUGGUCCGGGCUGUCAGCUCCGUGACGGACACAGCUCAUGCUAUAAGGAGGAAGCAUGAAAUGACGUUUCUGCCUCCAGUCGUUGCCGAGACUAGUACUAAUGAUCAUCAGGUUUACCGAAGGUCGAGAUCGGAGAGGCUUGACGUGCGGGGAGAUUUUCGACGGAGCAUGAGACGGUUGUGUGAUAUUGAUGACCUGAGCAGUGAUGAGUUUAGAUCGACGGUGGAGACGUUUAUAGCUGGAAAGAAGAAGAUGCUUUUGAAGGAAUGGAUGAAGCCGUAAAAUAUUAUUAAGAACACGACUUUUGCUAGGCUUUAACGUUCGUUCAUUUUGGAUACAUAUUAGUAUAUAAUUUCUUGUGAUCACUAGUGAGUGCAUAUCUACGAAAAAAUCAUAGUUCUAUAAAAUUGGGAGCUUUUCUCGUUCGUUCUACUACAGCUUAUCACUUCCUUGGUCAAAACGUAAGAUAAUUGUAAUCGAAAGAUAACAGCUACCAUCUUCAGAACUAUCGUUUUUAUAAUUUUGAACAAAAUGUACAACUUUCCAUGUUGAAGAAGGUAGUAUUCUUUGUUUCGGAUGUGGAGAUGCCAUUG